CAAAGUGAAGUAAAAGCUAUUUUACUUGUCGAAAAAUGCUCUGUGAUAAAUUGUUAUUCUAUAAUUCAAGUUUGAUGUUGCAGCUUUCGGAAUAAGGUUUAGCGCAUGGAAUUGCAGCUGUCAUUUGGACUCCUAUAUAUUUUUGUUAAUUCAACUGAAACAAAAGCUAGAUUUGCGAUGAAUUUUGUUGACACGCUGCGAGAUUUCCAAGUUCUAGGCAGCAAGGACCAAGUAAAAUGCGCAUUGGGCGCCCGAGUGUUUUUGGACUUGCAAUGUGAUAGGCGGAUAACGAAUUUGGAAAAAUGCUACGAUUCUGAAUUGAACUUGGUUUAUUUACAAGGGCAACGUGACGACGCUUUUAUAGCAUUUAUUCCUCUGCUGUCAAGUCAACCGUUAAACCUACUCGAUAUUGAAAAUAUUCAGAAAUGUCUGACAAAAUGUGCUUACAUUACACUUGCCGUUUGCGAUACAUCAUCAAAUAUUUUGUAUUACCAAAUAUCUUUGGGGAUAAUCAAAAAAUAGAAUAACACACAUCCACGUACAGUUGUGCAAAAUAAUAAGAAAACCGUUAACGGUAACGUCUUGCCAACAUUGAAUGUAUGCAGGCCUGUAGAAGAAAAGCGGACCCCGGAGAUGAUUGUAACGAAUUUUUAUUGAAAAAUCUGAAGAAAGAAGAACUCCUAGCCCGGGAGGAACUCUUCCUGAUAUGCUUAUUUAUAAAUAAAACGCGCAUUACUUUUGGUGUUAAAAUGAAUCACUUCUUUUAGAUUUAUUAAUACGCAAUAACUAUAUAGUAUAUGAAAAUUUGAUUUGCUUUUUUCACAAUUUAAAUGAAGCAUUUGUAAUGUUUAUAACUUCACAAUCAUUUAUUUAUUAAUUCUUUUGUUGUUAUGAUAUUUUUUAAUUAAUACUUUUAUGAUCUUAGUGUAAAAAUAUGUUUUAUUAUUAUUUUUUAUAUAUGUAUAUAUGUAUUUCUAUAUAUAGGGUCUGACCUUGCAAAAUAUUAAUGGCUUUAUUGGAGUUACUGUUCUUACUAAAUAUGAAUUUGAAAUUUAUUUUUUAAGGAUUUCAUAUAAUAUUUAGCACUUUUAAAUACACUUUGUGUGAGGUUUUUCAUUCAUAUGCAAUCAGGCACGUAAUUAUAAUAUAACAUUGUAAUAUCAAAUUAAUUUCCCCCUUUUUAACACUAAAUAUUCAAAAAGUUAGAGAAAACAUUUAGCAAUUAAUGAAAUUUAUACAUAUCCUUGCUGAUUUAAGCAUGGGUGUUGUCCGCCAUUUUUGUAACGGAAAAUUUGGCCUUGGAGUGGACUAAUAUGACUAUGAUAUGAUUUACGUGUUAAAAAAGAAUAACUAAGUUCAUAAAAAGUAGUUAAAUGAAAUUAAGAAAUAAUUUCGAACAGUUAAAUUGUUCGCCAACUAUAUUUAAAUAACUGUACCUUUAAUGUUCAAAAAUAAAUAAAACUGGUACACUAAAUAUGUUUGUUUUGAGCAAAUAUUCAUAGAA